AUGGCACAUACAUACUCCAGAUCCGAAAAAGGCAAGUGGGUUGCUGACCCUACGAGAACAGAGCGUAGAAGGCCAGUCCAGAUACCUCGAAGUGACAACUCAGCACUUAUUGAAGACAACAAACUCACUCUGAUAGGGAGAGUGACAAACCCAGCAGUUCAGAAGACACAAUGGGUGGUUGACUGGCUCAUCCAGUACUGGAGCGUGGAAGGAGAAUUAACCGGCAAAGAGUUAGGACCAGAACUCUUUCAGAUCCGCUUCACCUCAGAAGAAGCCCUUCAAACGGUACUGAAGAAAGAGAUAGAGACCAGAGGUAUCAAGGGGAACAUCAAGGUGAUCGAGGUCGUCUUCCGGUCAGGGACCAAUCCUCCCAUCACAGCUACCCAUCACACCACCGUUCUCCAACCAGGAGAGCUUUUUUCCCCUUCUCAUAGAAGUAGGGAGGAUCGAAGAAAUAUUCCAAUGAGUCAGAAAUCUCAAAGCUCAAGAACACCUCCACCAAGACCUCCCAGAGAGGAAAUGAUAUUACCGGUGGCUCCGGAACAAGGUGAAGUGAUCAGUCGUUCUCGUGAAAGAAUCUCGGCGCUAGCGAGAAUAGAAGAAGGCAACAACCACUCCUCAGGUAGAAUCCCAGCCUUGGAAAGACUCGAACCUCCCGUAGAGAACAAUAAUCCCUCUGCUGGCAGGGUCUCUGCUUUGGAAAGAAUAGAAGCCCCUGCACAAGAACCACAAAGAGCAACAGGUCUCUCUACCUCUCUCCUUGCAAGACUCCAAGAUGUGGAAGUGCGAUAUGCUGACGAAGAACACCAAAGCCCGCAUGUAGCUGAAGGCUCAGCAAGGCAGCCUCUGAACCUCUUAAGCCCGGCAGUUCAGACUGAAAGUAUGAGGACUCCUGCGGCCCUGAGAUUGGGUCCCGACUCGGAAACGCGCAAAAGAAGCAACCCCCCAAGAGCUUCAAGGAAGAAGACUGGCCAACCAGUACAACCAGCUAAAAGGAAAGGUCCAGCUAAAAUAACUGGUACUUCCAGAACUCGGGGGAAUAGAAGCCCUAUCCAAGGAGCCAGAGCAUCUAAACAGCUCACAGCAAGAGUGAUGCCACUGGCUCGAAAGAAAUUACGUGUGGACAUGAACGAUCAGAGUCAAGAGUUACCUUUUAAUAAGGAUGAUGAUACACCGGCAGUGGUGCGUGGAGUAGGAACAAGCAGAGGUUUAGGAGGAGACCUGACAGUUCCUAGAAUUCGGGAGCUGAAGCGUGUUCAAGCCCCGGAUAUUUUGUAUCUAAUGGAGACUAAGAAUCAAACAGCUUUUGUACUCUCAAAACUUCAAUCUCCCGAAUAUAAUCAACACUUCAUAGUACCACCCUUGGGGCUUAGUGGAGGUCUUUCCCUCUUGUGGAAGAAUGAAGUUAAUCUUUCAGUGCUUAGUUCAUCCUCCAACUACAUUGAUACGCAGAUUAGCUACAAAAAUAAAACUUUCUACAUGACCUUUAUAUAUGGGGCCCCUCAGCAGGAGAAUAGAGUGAAGUUUUGGGAGGAGAUCUCGCUUAUGGGCCAAGGAAGAGAGGAGGCUUGGGCCAUUACUAGAGACUUUAAUGAUAUCCCUGACAACUCAGAGAAGGAAGGAGGCCCAACAAGAUGUGAAGGAUCUUUUAUCCCGUUUCGAAGCUUUGUGUCUACAAAUGGACUUUGGGAUGUGAAACACACAAGUAACCAAUUAUCCUGGAGAGGCGCCGGCACACCCAUGAUAUCAAAUCACUGUUAG